UGUGGUGACUGUGGGGCGGAGGCUUCACAGAGCUGGGGCCUGGAGCCCCGGCCACCCAGCCGGCCUACAGACCAGAGCGAGAGAACUAGCUAGGUUCCGCCCCGGAGCCUGCCCGCCUCCUUUUUAAGCGCCUCCCGCCCAACCUCAGCUCCCUCUGGCUUUGCCACGCUUCUUCCUUCCCCGCCUUCUUGUCUCCCCGACUGCACUGGUUCCUGUGGCCCUCCCGCAGCGCCAGUCCAGGUGCCAUGGCUGCUAUGUACCUCCCCGGUCUGCGGCUUAGCUGGCAUGGGCUGAAGCCCUGGUGCUGGUCACCAUGCCGGAGCAUCCAAACCCUUCGUGUGCUCAGUGGAGAUAUGGGCCAGCUGCCAGCUGCAGUUCGAGACUUUGUGGAGCGCAGUGCCCAUCUGUGCCAACCAGAGGGCAUCCACAUUUGUGAUGGGACUGAGGCUGAGAACACUGCGAUCCUGGCCCUGCUGGAAAAGCAGGGUCUUAUCCGGAAGCUCCCCAAGUAUAAGAACUGCUGGCUGACCCGCACAGACCCCAAGGACGUGGCACGGGUCGAAAGCAAGACGGUGAUUGUAACUCCUUUGCAGCGGGAUGCAGUGCCCCUCCUGGCUGGUGGGGUCCGUGGGCAGCUGGGCAACUGGAUGUCCCCAGAUGAGUUCCAGAGAGCUGUGGAUGAGAGAUUCCCAGGAUGCAUGCAGGGCCGCAUCAUGUAUGUGCUUCCAUUCAGCAUGGGUCCCGUGGGCUCUCCACUGGCCCGCAUUGGAAUACAGCUCACUGACUCAGCUUAUGUGGUGGCAAGCAUGCGUAUUAUGACCCGCCUGGGGACACCUGUACUCCAGGCCCUGGGAGAUGGUAAAUUCAUCAAAUGUCUGCAUUCCGUGGGCCAGCCCCUGACCGGGCAUGGGGAUCCUGUGGGCCGGUGGCCAUGCAAUCCGGAAAAAACCCUGAUUGGCCACGUGCCAGACCGGCGGGAGAUCGUCUCCUUCGGCAGCGGCUAUGGUGGUAACUCCUUGCUGGGCAAGAAGUGCUUUGCCCUGCGCAUCGCCUCUCGCCUGGCCAGGGAUGAGGGCUGGCUGGCAGAGCACAUGCUGAUUUUAGGCAUUACCAACCCUGCAGGGAAAAAGCGCUAUGUGGCAGCUGCUUUCCCCAGUGCCUGUGGCAAGACCAAUAUGGCUAUGAUGCAGCCUGCAUUGCCAGGCUGGAAAGCAGAGUGUGUGGGGGAUGACAUUGCCUGGAUGAGGUUUGACAGUGAAGGUCAACUCCGGGCCAUCAACCCUGAAAAUGGCUUCUUCGGGGUGGCUCCUGGCACCUCCACCACCACCAAUCCCAAUGCCAUGGCCACAAUCCAGAGUAACACUCUUUUUACCAAUGUGGCUGAGACCAGUGAUGGUGGUGUGUAUUGGGAAGGCAUUGACCAGCCUCUUCCACCUGGUGUCACCGUAACAUCCUGGCUGGGAAAGCCCUGGAAACCUGGUGACAAGGAACUCUGUGCACAUCCAAACUCUCGCUUCUGUGCCCCGGCUCGCCAGUGCCCCAUCAUGGACCCAGCCUGGGAAGCACCAGAGGGUGUCCCUAUUGAUGCCAUCAUCUUUGGAGGCCGCAGACCCAAAGGAGUACCUCUGGUGUUCGAGGCCUUCAGCUGGCGUCAUGGGGUCUUUAUAGGUAGCGCCAUGAGCUCUGAGUCCACUGCAGCUGCUGAACACAAAGGGAAGAUCAUUAUGCAUGAUCCCUUUGCCAUGCGGCCUUUUUUUGGCUAUAACUUUGGGCACUACCUGAAACACUGGCUGAGCAUGGAGGAACACAAAGGAGCCCGGUUGCCUCGCAUCUUCCAUGUCAACUGGUUCCUGCGUGAUGAAGCAGGCCGCUUCCUGUGGCCAGGCUUUGGGGAGAAUGUCCGUGUGCUAGACUGGAUCUGCCGACGAUUAGAAGGAGAAGACUGCGCCCAGGAGACUCCCAUUGGGCUAGUACCGAAGGAAGGAGCCCUGGAUCUCAGUGGCCUUAGAGCAAUAGACACCAGUCAGCUGUUCUCCAUCCCCAAGGACUUCUGGGAAAAGGAAGUUUGUGAUAUUAGGAGCUACCUGACAGAGCAAGUCAAUCAGGAUCUGCCCACAGAGGUGUUGGCUGAGCUUGAGGCCCUGGAAGGACGCCUGCAAAGAAUGUGACCUGAGGCUCUAGGCCAACAAGAGCACAGCACCCCUUUCUGGAUAGAGCACUCCCAGACUCAUAGAAAACAUGAACAACUUGACAUUAAAAUGUGUGAGUGCUGAGAGGCCAGGCUACAGACCUCCUCCCACUCUGUCUGAUAAGAAAUGCACAUUUUUUUUUAAUGCAUCCAUGUUUUCACUUCCCCUUUGUCUUCCUAGGCUUCCUUCUAAUAUUGGUCUGGCUCACAUAGUAGGAAGUUCUGGAAGAAGAAAUAUAGCCUGGUAUGGUGAUACAUGCCUUUAGUCCCAGAAGCAGCCUGACCUCUGGGAUUCUGAGACCUGCCUGACCUCCAUAGCAAGUGCCAGGCCAAUCAGGGCUGCAUAGUAAGACCAAAUCUCAAAAAAAAAAAAAGCAGCCAUAACUUAGUGUUGGUUAGGAUUCUUGUCCCACACGGACAUGCAAAGGCUUCCUCAAAAGACAGCGCUCCAGUGCCGAAUCCAGUGUUUGUUUCCUCCCACCUGACUGGAACCAAGAACAGCACUUUUUUCUUUACUUGAGACAAGGCCUCAUGUAGCCUGGGCUGGCUUCAAACUCACUGUACAGCUAAAGAUAGCCUUGAACUCCUGAUCCCCUUGUCUCUACCUUCUGACAAGCAUGCUACUAAGGCCAGCUAGACAACUAACAUUUCUGGAGCACUAUCUGAUGAUAGGCACUGCUUUAGGCAUAUUAUGAAAGUACCAAGCCGGGCGGUGUGGCCCACACCUGUGAUCCCAGCACUCUGGGAGACAGAGGCAGGUGGAUCUCUGAGUUCCAGGCCAGCCACCGCUACAAAGAGAAACCCUGUCUCAAAAAAAAAAAAAAAAAAAAAAAAAGAGAAAAGAAAA